GCGGCGCGACGGCGGCGGCGAUGGCGGCCGGCAUUGCUGUGGGUCUGAUAUGAAAAAAAAUAUAUGCCGCACUCCGCAUCCGCACAUUUAACAAGUGUAUCUUCUAAGCUAAGCAAAGCAACCACUUGUUCGGCAUCGGCAUUGGCAUCGGCAGCAUGACAUUGGAAGUCGAAGUAUAUUUUAGUUGGUAUCUUGAGUUCACCGGGUAAGGAACAUAUUUUGUCGGCAAGUUGCUAAAAAGGUCUUCUCCAAGGAUAAUAAUGUUUCGUGCGAGUCUCUCUCGAUGUUUGCCAAGCCUUCUUCUUCGCACUCGUCGUUCUUUGUGAACUAAAAGUGGUUACAUUGGAAUUUAAUAUUGAAUUUAAAAGAAUGUUAGUUUUUCGCUACCAAUAAGUUUUUUUCUUCUUGAGAAUAAAAUUGGAUACAAUUUAAAUAACCCUUGGGUCUGUCGGUGGCGCGUCAAUCGUGGGUGUGAACAAAAUUUUAUAAAAAAAGAGUGUUCAUUUAGCUUACUUACGUUACGUAUCGCUUGUGGGAAUAAACCAAGCUGUGUUUGUUUUUUUGUUAUUUUUUUCGAACAUAUUAUAGACGGAUCAAGUGUAUGGAAGAAUGUGCGAAAUCUAAUUAGCGCAGACGAUAACUUUCGGAUUAGGACUAAGCUUAAACGGAUUAUGGAAGGAUAAGCCAAUCUAGAGCGAGAGCUAAGUAAAAUUUAAUGCCAUAACGGACGACGACGUAGACGACGGAACGCUGUGAAUCCCGUUUGACAACGAUGGAUGAGUUUCCGACAGUUAAUGCCCCUGCAACGGAUGAAAUUCUCGGUGAAGAAGAAUAUGAAAAAUUGUAUUCAGCCCCUGCAGAGAUAGUGGCGCUGCUGUCGGUGUUCUAUGGCGGAAUAAGCAUAAUAGCCAUUGUGGGAAAUACUCUGGUCAUUUGGGUGGUGGCGACCACCCGCCAAAUGCGCACCGUCACCAACAUGUACAUUGCUAAUUUGGCAUUCGCCGACGUUAUCAUUGGAAUGUUUUGCAUACCGUUUCAGUUCCAAGCCGCACUUCUGCAACGCUGGACCCUACCGGACUUUAUGUGUGCAUUUUGUCCUUUUGUGCAGGCGGUUAGUGUAAACGUAUCCGUUUUCACACUGACCGCAAUCGCUAUUGAUCGACAUCGGGCAAUUAUUAAUCCGUUGAGAGCCCGUCCAACAAAAUUCAUAUCAAAAAUUAUUAUAGCAACAAUUUGGGCAACUGCGGUAGCCUUUGCUGUUCCCUGUGCAAUUGCUUUUCGUGUUGAAACACUACACGAACGGAUUAGAGAAAACAACGUUAUUCUGAAUGUGUCACGUGACUUCUGCUCCAAUAUCAACUUAACUGACGACCAAUUACAAACGUAUCGUUACUCCCUGGUGUUUGUACAGUAUUUGGUUCCGUUUUGCGUCAUCAGUUUCGUGUACAUUCAAAUGGCCGUAAAGCUUUGGGGAACUCAUGCGCCAGGCAAUGCUCAAGACUCCAGAGACAUAACUCUACUUCGAAAUAAGAAAAAGGUCAUCAAAAUGCUAAUUAUCGUGGUGGUGGUGUUUGGUAUGUGCUGGCUUCCUUUGCAGUCCUACAAUAUCCUGUACGUAACAAUUCCGGAAAUAAACGAGUAUCAUUUCAUCAACAUAAUCUGGUUCUGCUGUGACUGGCUUGCAAUGAGUAACAGCUGUUAUAACCCUUUUAUUUACGGUAUCUACAACGAAAAAUUCAAACGUGAAUUCAACAAACGCUUUUCAAUGUGUAUUUGCAAAUUCCAAACAACCCUCGAUAGCCAGGACCGUAAUGUGUCCGUUCAAACGAGAGCCAGUUCAAUUCGCUCGACUUAUGGCAAUUCAUCGACACGGUUUCGAAAUAAUGUCUUAAACCCUCAUACGAGCCACUUUAAUCAUUCGAAUUUCCAUCAACAUCCUCCUCAUCAUGGAACAUCCCUGUUCAGAAGUGGGAGCAUGAAAAGUGCCAAUAAGGCCACAAAACUCGGCUAUAACGUGAUAACGUUUAACGACACGAGAAAACUGCACCGCAGCGGAAGUCUAAACAGUUUUAAGAUUCCUAGUGGCGGUGGCGGUAGCGGUGGCUGUGGUGGUGACAACGGCGGCGGUGUCCAACAACCACCAACAGUUUAUCACUGGCGGAGGAAUGAUUUUAAACCUUUGCAUCCGAACGUAAUCGAGGACACCGACGAUGAAGCUAUUUUAUGUCCUUCAAUUGAGACAACAAUAACGAUGACAACUCCAAGCGAUCAGAUAAAUGCCACAACCAAAACACUUAAAACCACUGCUAAUAGUGUUCAUGUUCGCGACAACCGCGACGACGACGAUGACGACAACGAGGGUGACUCCAGCGGCGGCACCGGAACUGGGUCGUGCAUUUGUGCAGACGAAUUGGGCAGCCAAACUGAAUGUGACGGUACGUGCAUCCUUAAUGAGGUGUCACGAGUCCAAUGCGGUAAUGAGAAAUAUGGCAAAACGGUUUAUUUCAACGAUUCUAGCAGAAAUAACAACCAUCAACAGGAUUUAAGGAAUUCCUGCGUAGAAAUGAAAGAUUAUUCGCUCCUCAAUAAAGCAAACAAAAUAUCUAAAACUGUGAUUUUUUAAUAAAUUAAUAUAUAAAAAUAAAUGUAAAUUAUAUUUGUGAUCUUAAAAUGUAAAUAAAAAAAAGAAAAUGAAAACGAAUUUCAUUAUAAUUUUUUUUGUACAGUAUCAGAUCUUUUCAAAAAUAAAAAAAAACAUGAAUGUAUGUAUAUUUUUGUGUUAUUUUAUAAUAUGUAAUUUAAAAAUAAGUACAAGUGAAAUGGAAACAAAAAACAGUUCAAAGUCCUUAUACACAAAAAAAUAAGGAUGUAAAACAUAAAGAAUCGAACAAACUAUAAGGUUACAUUUACAAUAAAAAUAAUUCUUGUAAAUUUAAUAAUAUAAUUGUAAAAAUCUUAGAAAUAUAUUUACUACUUAUUAAUAAC